AUGAGCUUCGAGGCUUAUCCCCAUGCGGAGAGACACACAGAGAACGGGGCUGUUGUGCGGGACGCCAUUAUUGGGUUUGCGGAUGGCUUGACGGUGCCAUUUGCGCUCACGGCUGGGUUAAGUAGCAUCGGAUCCUCCCGUCUCGUCAUCAUUGGCGGACUGGCCGAGCUCUUCGCAGGCGCGAUAUCAAUGGGUCUUGGUGCCUAUCUCGCCGCUCUCACAGAAAGAAAACACUACGAAGUCGAGGAAGCACGUGAGCGUAAAGAAGUCGAGGAAAUGCCGGAAGCGGAGGAAGAGGAGAUUUACGAAAUCUUCGAACCUUACGGGAUCAAACGUGACAGCGUGAAACCAUUAUUGGAGGAGCUUAAGGGCGAUAAGGAGAGCUGGGUUAGGUUUAUGAUGCAAUUUGAACUCAACCUCACUGCACCAGCCAUCUCCCGGCUCUACAUUAGCGCCCUCGUCAUGGGCCUCUCGUACUUUCUCGGUGGCUUAAUUCCUAUGAUUCCUUACUUCGCCAUCCAGGACGUUUCGAAGGCGCUGUUUGUUUCCAUUGGCAUUACCGUUGUCAUGCUACUUAGUUUUGGCUUUGUAAAGGCUAUUGUUACGGGCACGACGAGAAAAGGCGCCGUGUGGAGUGCAGUGCAGACGUUGGCUGUUGGUGUGUUAGCUGCCGCUGCCAGUUAUGGUAUUGUGAGGGGAAUUGAUAGAUUGCACCCUGUAGAUGUAGAUUCAAAGGGGAAGGAGUAG